UGACGCGAGACGCACGUUUCUCCAGUCUGCGCGGCAAAACACGGUGGGGAAAUAACCUGAAAGUUUUUCCCUCAUCUUGUUGUUUAACUCACUGUUUAAAGAACUCAUGGCGUCAACAAGUGCAGCGCCGGUCAAGAGCAGGAAUCUACCAUGGGUGGAAAAAUACAGACCACAGACACUUGAUGAUUUAAUCUCGCACAAAGAUAUCCUGACCACCAUCCAGAAGUUCAUCAGUGAGGACAAACUGCCCCACCUCUUGUUCUACGGCCCCCCGGGAACGGGCAAAACCUCCACCAUCCUGGCCUGCGCCCGGCAGCUGUACCAGGGCCGAGAGUUCAACUCCAUGGUGUUAGAGCUGAACGCGUCGGACGACAGAGGCAUCGGUGUGGUCCGAGGGCCCAUCCUGAGCUUCGCCAGCACCAGGACCAUCUUCAAGAAGGGCUUCAAAUUGGUGAUACUGGACGAGGCAGAUGCCAUGACCCAGGAUGCCCAGAAUGCACUGCGGCGAGUGAUUGAGAAGUUCACAGAAAACACCCGCUUCUGCCUCAUCUGCAACUACCUGUCCAAGAUCAUCCCGGCCCUGCAGUCCCGCUGCACCCGCUUCCGCUUCGGCCCGCUGUCUCCGGACCAGAUGAUCCCGCGGCUGGAGCACGUCAUCGAGCAGGAGAGCAUCGACGUCGCCCCAGAUGGGAUGAAGGCCAUCGUUACCUUGUCGUCAGGCGAUAUGAGGAGAUCUCUCAACAUAUUACAGAGCACGAGCAUGGCGCACGGGAAGGUCACGGAGGACACGGUGUACACCUGCACAGGCCACCCCCUCCGCUCCGACAUCGCCAACAUCCUGGACUGGUGCCUCAACAAAGGUUUCACCGCAGCGUAUAAACAAAUCCUUGAGCUGAAAACCUUGAAAGGUCUGGCCUUGCAAGAUAUUGUCACCGAAGUGCAUUUGCUCGUUCACAGAGUGGACUUUCCUCCGGCCGUUCGGAUCAGUCUGCUCAUCAAGCUAGCCGACAUAGAACACCGGGUGGCGUCGGGAACCAAUGAGAAGAUCCAGCUGAGCUCCAUGAUCGCAGCUUUCCAGGAAGUGAGAGACCUGGUGGUCAGCGAGGCCUCCUAGAGGUCUUCAACCUUUAGUCUUUCCACCAGUGGAAAAGCAACUAGAACAUAAAAGUCGUGUUACAUUGUCAGUCAGCGUCUGUGUCAUCUUGUCUGCUUCGUCCCGCGAAGCGACCCUUUUAUUGAGUUUAGCCAAACCUCGUUCAUGUCCCCCCUCGGGCCAAGCGACCCUGACAUGAGAAGCCAACGGUUCGCCCUUCAGUCAAACAGAUUUCUACCAGUAAGCUCUUGAGCAGAACGGCUAGUUUAUUUAGGAGGAAUCGGACCUGCAGCGUGGCCCACUACUCGGAAUCUGUGUGGAACAAACGCCGGCUGCCGUCUUAGUCGCUCACAUCUGAUCAGGCAGCAUCUCCCGGAAAGCUGAACAUUUAUCUGCGCUGACGAGUCUUCAGUCUGAGAAUAAUAGUUCUGGGACGUAUAAAUGUGUUUAAUCUGUUUAAUAAAGUGUUGUUU